AUUUUUCUGUUCCUCUCUCUCCUCAAGUCAAACUCUUUCUCUCUCUCUCUCUAAACAUGUUGAUUUAUUUACGAUCAUUGAAAUAUUAUAGGUUCAUGAAUCAGAAACACAGACAGAUUACACACGGCGAGAGACAGGGACAGAGUGAGAACACUUUUCUUGCCCUGCUCUGGCGAAAAAUAACACUGUCUCUCGCUCUUAUGUAUUGACUAAAGUUCUUGUUUUCGAUCGCUAUAUAUAGUUGAGUUUAUGCAUGUAUGUUUCAACAUCUCAAUCUAGUCUUCUCUGUUACUACGUAUUGAAAGUUUUAUUCAAUACAACCUCCCCCCCCCCCCCCCCCCACAUCAAACACGUUACUGCGUUUCGUAGUUAAUUUGGGGGAAAAAACAAGAAAAAGGAUUGAGUCAGAGUUCUUGGUUUUAUCAUCUGCAUGGAAUCCUUCUCCCCUUUACCCUGAAAAUAGCCGUGAUUUUGUAGAGAAAGAAUCCCCAAGAUAUUAAUUAUUGCCUAUUGGGACAAAAUAGAGGAGAGAAUAGAUAAAUAACUGCACCAUGCACUCAGCGAAUCACUGGGGAGGCUCUUUCGAGAUAACUAACGUAGACGUGCCGGCGUCGGGAGAGUACGACCGGAGCCGAAGCUCGGAAUGGGACGCUGCAGCUCUGGACCAUCAUCAGCAUCUGGAUGAAACCCAACAAAGCUGGCUGUUGGGGCCACCGGAGAAGAAGAAGAACAGCUACGUGGACUUUGGGUGCAUUCUUAUUAGCCGUAAGGCCCUCAAAUGGAUACUGGGGUCCUUUCUCUUGGCUUUUGUCGUCAUUGCAGUACCUAUCAUCAUCGCCAAGUCCUUGCCCAAGCACAAACCCGAUUCUCGCCCUCCUGACAAAUAUUCGGUUGCUCUCCAGAAAGCCCUCCUAUUCUUCAAUGCUCAGAAAUCUGGGAAAUUGCCUAAGCAGAAUGGUAUUGCCUGGAGAGGAGAUUCAGGGCUAAGUGAUGGGAAGAAUGAUACCGAUCUGAAGGUAGGGCUUGUUGGAGGAUACUACGAUGCUGGAGACAAUAUUAAAUUUCAUUUUCCAAUGGCUUAUGCCAUGACAAUGCUAAGCUGGAGUGUGAUUGAAUACCGUCACAAAUAUGAGACCAUUGGCAACUAUGAUCAUGUUCGGGAACUCAUUAAGUGGGGCACUGAUUACUUGCUCCUAACCUUUAAUUCCUCUGCCACCAAAAUUGAUAAGAUUUAUUGCCAGGUUGGUGGACAUCAGAAUGGCUCUACGACACCAGAUGAUCACAAUUGCUGGCAAAAACCAGAACAAAUGGACUAUCCACGGCCUACACAAACUUGCAAUGCAGGACCCGAUCUUGCUGGAGAAAUGGCAGCCGCCUUGGCUGCAGCCUCCAUAGUUUUCCAGGAUAAUGAUGCCUACUCCAAGAAGCUUAUCAAAGGUGCUGAAACCCUCUUUGCCUUUGCAAGGGACAAUGGAAGACGGAGGCCAUAUAGUCGUGGCAAUCCUAAUAUUGCUCCUUAUUACAACUCCACUGGCUACUACGAUGAGUACAUGUGGGGUGGCGCUUGGUUGUACUAUGCCACGGGAAACAGUACCUAUCUUUCACUGGCUACAAACUCUGGGAUCCCUAAGAAUUCCAAAGCAUUUUACAUGAUUCCAGACUUGAGUGUGCUAAGUUGGGAUAACAAGUUACCAGCAGCCAUGCUGUUGUUGACAAGGCUCAGGAUAUUCUUGAACCCUGGCUACCCUUAUGAGGAGAUGCUGCGGAUGUAUCAUAAUGUGACAGGUCUUAACAUGUGCUCUUAUCUUCAGUCAUUCCAUGUCUUCAACUGGACUAGUGGAGGAAUGAUCAUGGUGAACCGUGGACGUCCGCAGCCUCUGCAGUAUGUUGCCAAUACUGCUUUCUUGGCAUCACUAUUUGUUGAUUACAUGAAUGCCACAGGUGUUCCAGGAUGGAAUUGUGGCCCCGAAUUUAUUUCAUCCGAUGUUCUUCGAAGUUUCGCCACCUCCCAGAUGGACUAUAUCCUAGGUAAAAACCCCAUGAACAUGAGCUAUGUGGUAGGAUAUGGCACCAAGUUCCCUAGACAUGUUCAUCACCGGGGUGCAUCAACACCAAAUGAUCACAAAUAUUAUUCAUGCAAAGAAGGAUGGAAAUGGCAGGACAACAAGAAUCCCAACCCCAACAACAUUACAGGAGCCAUGGUUGGGGGACCUAAUCAGUUUGACCAGUUCCGUGAUGUGCGCACCAGUUAUAAUUACACCGAGCCAACUCUGGCCGGAAAUGCUGGACUGGUUGCUGCACUUGUAUCCCUGACCAGCACCGCCGGCAAUGGCAUUGAUGUCAAUACCAUAUUUUCGGGGGUUCCUCCACUCUUCCCAGGAACCCCACCUCCCCCUCCACCUUGGAAGCCAUGAUCCGAAGAUGCAAAUAAUCAUGUUAUAGAUUCUUAUUUUAUAAUUUUAUUCCGCAACUAUCUCUCUUUUGUUGUACAAAACUUCUCUCCUUUUUUUUCCAUUGAUAGUUGACGGUGUUCUUCCAAUCUAAUAGAAAUUUUUCCUUGACUCUCGGAAUCUAGAUUUCUGCAAUGAUUGAUCAAGACUUUGUAUGAAACUUGAUCCGUUGUUCAUAUUAGUUAUGACCACCUACCAAAUCCACAUUACUUUUGUCUGGUUUA